AUGUCCCACACGCCGUCUGGCAGGUCCACCCCCCUUUCCUUCAGAGGCGUCGUUCACGACGUCAUGAAGCACUACAAGCACGAGAAAGAGUCGGAAGCACACAGAAUCUUCCGUGACUCUGCAGGACACAAGCCUAAGGGUAUAUUACCCCAGACAAUAAACCCAGACGAAGAAACAGUCCCGGGUAUUCGGCACCCAGGCAGCACUGGUGUGAUCUACUGCUCAGAUCGUGCCAUGGCCAAUGGCUUCUCAUACGCAUCCUCACAUAAAUGGGCCAACCUUGGGCAGGGUGCUCCGGAGGUGGGCCCUAUACCAGAUGCUCCGCCAAAACCACAGAGCAUCCCGAUUCCGGAGGAUUCGCUCGAAUAUGCACCCACUACUGGUGUGAAAGCACUACGCGAGGCCGUUUCAAACUUGUACAAUCAGACGUAUCGCCGGGGUAAGCUCAGCCAGUACACAUACGAAAAUGUUUGCAUAGUUCCGGGCGGUCGUUCCGGCCUGUCUCGCGUUGCUGCUGUGAUUGGCAAUGUGUAUUGUUCAUACCAGGUCCCGGACUACACAGCAUAUGAUCAAGUCUUGAGUGCGUUCAGGCGCCUGGUUCCGGUUCCCACAGCGCUUGAAGCUGAUAACGAUUACCGUCUGGACCUCGCGCAAACUCGAAAAGACAUCAAAACUCAAGGUCUUGAAGUGAUCAUUGCAUCUAACCCGCGGAACCCCACAGGGCAGGUUAUCCGAGACGAUGACUUGAAGGCGCUCGUCGAUCUAUCCCGGGAGGCAGGCACUACACUUAUUCUUGACGAGUUCUACUCGUGGUACAUCUAUCCCGAGAAAGACGAGGACUAUGGGAAGUCAGUUUCAUCUGCGGCUUACAUUGACGAUGUCAACCAGGACCCGGUUGUUAUCGUCGAUGGAUUGACCAAGAACUGGCGUCUGCCGGGUUGGCGUGUUUGCUGGGUCCUCGGGCCCAAGAACCUUAUUACAGCCUUGUCCCAGGCAGGUUCUUUCCUGGACGGUGGAGCUAACCAUCCUCUGCAGCUGGCAGCUAUUCCCUUACUGGAACCCAGCCGCGUCGAACAGGAGAAGCUUGCGCUGCAAAGGCACUUCAAGAUGAAGCGUGACCACGUCCUGAAGAGGCUGGAGCAGCUUGGUCUCAAAGUGAAAUGCCCGCCCAAGGCGACGUUCUACAUCUGGCUCGACCUGGAGGACCUCCCGGCACCCUUGAACAACGGUUUGACGUUCUUCGAAGAGCUGCUGAAGGAGAAGACGAUCGUCAUUCCUGGCAUCUUCUUUGACAUCAACCCUGCUCACCGCCGCAACCUGUUCAACUCGUCUUGCCACCACUUCGUGCGAUUGUCUUUCGGUCCGCCGCUCAAGGACCUUGACAUGGGUCUGGCAGCCAUAGAGCGUAUCGUGAGAAAGGCAAAGAGGGAGGGCAUGCAUGUCUUUGGACACAACUACAAGCAGAGCGCGAAAAAGUCUAUACACCUGGAGCGCAUGGUUUGA